CGUCGAAGAGAAGAAGACACAGUAGGAAGCGAUUUUUGCCCCUUUGGUUUUAAUGGUACUUGGUUGGCGAAGAUUACCGGUAAAUGUCAUUACAUCUAUUCUGACAAUCCGUCUCCCCUCGCAAAAAUUCAAAAGAAUAUCAUCUGUCGGCCCAGAACUGCGUGCAGCUGAUUCGGUUGAUGUGAUGUGUAGCCCAGGAUCUGAGGGGCACAGAGAAGAAGGCACUGUGGAGUAUGUGUACUGCAGAGGUGUAGUCACUGAACUGCUCAAAUAUGGACCAACAGACCUGCACGCAGCUAGCAAAGGACCAAACCCUCCCAAAUUGCUCAUCCUUGUCAUUCCAGGUAGAUCAAGUCCCUGCAUUGCAAAACAGUAACCCGGGUGUAGUGGGCUUCUAUAAGACGUACAUGUGGACACUGUAUCAGACAUUCCUCAGGCGAUAUCCAGUGUGGGCUGUGAGCCAUGCUGGACACUGUAUGCCUCCUGACACUUUUGAUAUGAUUGAAGAUGCGUCUGUGACUGAGAAGGAGGAUGUUUUUGGGCUAGAUGGACAGAUUGAACACAAGCUGGCCUUUCUUCGAAAGCAUGUGCCUCGAGACACCAACCUGCUGCUGAUUGGCCACUCCAUUGGCUGCUACAUCAUCCUGAAAAUGAUGAAGAGAGACCCGGAGCUCAAGGUUGUGAAGGCUGUGAUGCUCUUCCCCACGAUUGAGCGCAUGGCCUGUAGCCCUCAAGGCAAGGUCAUGACCCCUGUGCUCUGUCGUUUGCGGUACGCCAUCUAUUUGCCCAUUUUCCUGCUCUCCCUCCUCCCCGAGAAACUGAAAACCAGCAUGGUGCAUCUGGCUCUGAGGAAUUUAUAUGUACUGGACAACUCCAUCAUCCCUGCCACAGUCAGCCUGAUCAAUGUAGACUGUGCUGCAAAUGGGAUGUACAUGGGGAGCCAAGAAAUGCAACUGGUUGUAGAAAGAGACAACUUAACAAUACGUCAACACCUCAGCAAGCUUAUUUUUUACUAUGGUGCGACGGACCACUGGUGUCCUGUGCAGUACUACCAUGAUAUCAGAAAGGACUUCCCUGAAGGCGACAUUCGUCUGUGUGAAAGGGGCAUCCGGCAUGCAUUUGUCCUGGAUGCAGGGGAGGAAGUGGCCAACAUGACUGCAGAAUGGAUCUAUGAUGACCUGAGGAUGCUGUGACAUUGCUAGCCUUCAUUCAGAUUAACAUUUCAUUCCAAUGCAUUUGAAUGGCUGUCCGCAGAUAAACAACAUCAAAAUCAUACAAAGGCUGUUAUUUGGGUGCUCCUAACAUCUUGGAUUAACUGUAGCAUAUAUUCUAAUAAAUGAGACUAAUUUUGGGACUGAUAAUUUGCAUCAAAACUAUGUUUGUUGCUUUAGUUAAAGGUGCAGGUAAUAUUUUUUGGUUUUUAUUUUUUAUGUUGCAAUAGUAGUGUAGUAUUUGGCUCAGCUGGUCAUGUGAUCUCAACAUGGUAGACCCUCAUGAGACGACCCACUCCAUGUAGAAUAAAACAGCUUUUAUUAGGGCACUGAUGACUGGAGUCUUGAUUUCAUGUGAGUCUGCAUCAUUUUGAACAUAUUCAUUUCCUUAUGUCUGAAACCUUUAAUCCUCUAUUGCACCGUGUUUCCUCUGGGUAACAACUGACCCAUUUUCUUCACUUUGCAAGCACAUAAUACAUGUAAGAUGGCAAAAAAUGGCUGAUAAUGAUAGCAUGACUAAAUUAAACAACAAAAUGUUUUUUGUUGGACAAAAUGCAUCUUGGUGGUCACUGUGUGGUGGCUGCACAUUUUUGCUCUGGAUAAAUGCCCUUAGAAAGCAAUUUUCAUUGAUUUUUCAAACAUCAAAAAUUGUAAUUGAAAUUUGAGGGAGUUAACUUAAUUUUAAAACAUUAGAAUCAUAAUUAUUAUUUGUAUGUUAUGAGGAAUUUCUUAAAUGUGUUUGUUGCCCAAAAGCAACAUUGUGCCACAGUGGAAUGGAUAUACUUUAUCACCUGUGUAGUGAUGUCACACAUGCAGCCACUAUAGAGAAUUUUGCAGUUGUCAUAGGUUAUGUUUUUUUUUUUUGCUUUGUUUUUUCUGUUUUGUGUGUGUGUGUGUAAAUAUAUAUAUAUAUAAAUACACACACACACACACACACACACACACACACACACACACACACACACUACCGGUCAAAAGUUUUGAAACACUCAUUCUUUAUUAUAAUAUUUUCUUCACAUUUUAGAAUAAUAGUGAAGUCAUCAAAACUAUGGAAUAACAUAAAUGGAACUAUGGGAAUUAUGUUGUGACUAAACAAAAUCCAAAAUAAAUCAAAACUGUUUUAUAUUUUAGCAUCUUCAAAGUAGUCACCCUUUGCCUAGAAUUUGCAGACAUGUACUCUUGACAUUUUCUCAACCAACUUCUUGAGGUAUCACCCUGGGAUGCUUUUUAAACAGUAUUGAAGGAGUUCCCAUCUAUGCUGGGCACUUAUUGGCUGCUUUUCUUUAUUAUUUGGUCCAAGUCAUCAAUUUCAAAAACUUUAAAAUUAAAUUUGAGUUUUAUAAUGAAAUAAAUUAAUAUGGUGGCACAAUUAUAUUUUUGUCUACAAAAAUAUUUUCAAACAUUUAAGCAUAUGCCUUCAGAUCAAAAGAUUUUUCAUGAGAUCAUGAGACAUUUUAGUCAAGUGUUUCAAAACUUUUGACCGGUAGUGUAAAUACACACACUUUUUUAUAUAUAUUUCCUAUAGCAGGUAUAAUUUUUAAAAUUGUUUACUUACUGUGUGUAUGUGUGUGUGUGUGUGUGUGUGUGUGUGUUUAACAUCCACAAAAUGUAAAAUUGCUCAUUUUCACUUCCAAUAUUUAAAUGCAGUCUUUGGAAAUAAAUAAAUCAUUGUCGACACAUUGUUGCCUCCUAGCAACUAUGUUCAAUGAUUUUUUUAUUUUAUUUUUCUAGUUUUUGUUUUUAAUAAUGAGGUCCAUUAUAUGCUAUAUUUUUAAACAGUAAUUUCAUGUGUGCAGUUGAGGGGGAAAAAUACUGAGUGCACCUAUAAUUUUAUUUCAUUUAAUUAUUAUUUUUUUUUGUCCAGUGGACAUUUUAAUUAUGACUUCUCAAGCCCAAAAAGGUACUGGGUAUUUAAAACUAUGUCUAAAUAGACACAAAACAAAGAAAUGCAUAAUAUGCAAGGGAAUGUGGAACAGUGCACUGGUCAAUUAAUUAUGGAUUAUAGUGAAACACUUAUAAUUAUAUGUAUUCAUUUGUUUAUAUUCAAAUUACAUCUCAAUAUUAUAGAUUGCCAUACAUAUAAGAUAUUUUGAAUAUUCAGUUGUGGAGGAAAGCUUUUGUUAAGUAUUUUUUCAGCAUUGUGUAUCAGUGUUGUAUGAUCCCUUAAAAAUGGUCUCUUGUAAUAUUUUGUUGAGUUUUCGAUUAAAUUACUCCCAGAACAUUUUA